AUGGAAAACGAGAUGAGCCCACAAGAGAUGGUUCUCUCACAUACAAGCCAGACCACAGAGGCUGCAAACAUUCCCAUUAUUGACCUGAGUGGCUUGCACCAGGGUCCUCAUGCUAGGUCCCUCGUCAUCAAAGAUAUUGGGAAGGCUUGUCGUCAAAUGGGUUUUUUUCAAGUUGUUAACCAUGGAAUAUGCUCAUCAGUCAUUGAAGGCGCCCUCAGUUCGGCUUCAGACUUUUUCAAAUUACCAAUUGAGGCGAAGAUGGAAUUCAUGUCAAAUGAUGUUAACAAGCCAGUAAGAUUUGGGACGAGCCUGCUGGACGGAGUAGAGAGAGGCCAAUUCAGGAGGGCAUUCCUCAAGAAAUAUGCCCAUCCCUUGAAGGAGUGGGUUGGGUUGUGGCCCUCCAAUCCUUCUCAUUACAGGGAAAAUAUGAGCAAAUAUGCCUUGGAAGUGAGAAAGGUAGCCACUGAAAUAAUGGGAGCCAUCACAGAGAGCCUGGGACUAGGACCCAACUACAUGACUGAGAAACUCGAGGAAGGUAUGCAGGUCAUUGUGUCUAACUUUUACCCUCCCUGUGAGGAACGGGAGGCUGCGCUCGGGCUGGCGCCGCACUCGGACUUCGGCUGCAUCACCAUUCUUCUCCAGAACCACCAUGGCCUCGAAAUCAUGGACCCAGAGGAUGGCACCUGGAGAAUGGUUCCAGAGCUUCCAGGAGCUCUACAGGUCCAUGUGGGAGACCAUCUUGAGGUGCUGAGCAAUGGCUUAUACAAGAGUGUCAUCCAUCGGGCUACUCUCAACUCCGAGAAGACAAGGCUCUCCAUUGCUAGCCUCCACAGUUUGGCCAUGGAUGAAAUGAUAGACAUUGCCAAAGAAUUGGUCGACGACAAGCAUCCAAGAGGCUACAGGGGAAGCACAUUCAGAGAGUUUCUCAAAUUCAUCUCCACCAAUGACAUCACCAAAGGGAGCUUUAUUGAGUCUCUUAAGAUUAAGAAAUAGGAAGCUUUUGUGUAUACUUUGGUCUG